AAAAGUGCUGUGAUGUCGAUAUAAGAUUGACUUUUGCCAUAAGGUGUAUUGGAAAGUCAACAAACGCUGCAGCCAUUUGUGCUUUCAUGGUCCUACCGGCUCUACCAGUGUGCUUCUCAAUCAAAGCCUGAAAGAGACCAUGAAGUUCUUCCUGUGUUUGUCUGUGGUUGUCUUGGCCGUGGUUGUGUCCGCUGCAGAAGACAAAAAGGAUGCAGCCGCCUCUGAGAGACCCAAGACCUUCCGACGUCUGAUCCCCGCUGACGUCCUCAGGGACUUUCCGGGAUUGUGUUUCGCGUCCACUCGCUGCGCCACUGUGGAGCCCGGUCAGACGUGGGAACUCGCUCCUUUCUGCGGACGCUCCACGUGCGUGAAGCCAGAGGGCGAGGAGACUGGACACCUGCUCGAGCUCGUAGAGGACUGCGGCCCACUACCCAAACCCAAUCCCAAGUGCAAGCUCUCUGAAAAUACGAACAAGACUGCCGCCUUCCCCGACUGCUGUCCCAUCUUCGAAUGCGAGGAUGGAGUGACCCUGGAGUAUCCGGAGAUCCCCACAGUGGCUCCACCACCAGCAGAAAAGGACACCAAGGCCUAAUCUGUUCACUUCGAUGUUUCCUUCUUCACAAAUUUACAAAAAGUCAUGAAAUAACGGUCAUUAUCCAGACGAUGGAAGCCAAAUAGAAAUUUAAUAUUUUGUUACUGGUACUGACAAAUUUUAAAAUUAAAACUUUAUCCAAAUUGUUUAAUGCUCUGCUAGUCUGGUUUGCAGUGUGAAAUCCCAAGGGUGGAAGAAAGUGUCUGUUAACUGCUGUUCAGUAUUUGGCGGUGGGGGGUGGGGGGGGGGGAGGAAAUUGAAUAUUUCUUAAUCCACAGUCUCGAUUUAAAAUUCUCUUGACUCAUUUAUUUGUAUCACAGAGCAACUUGUGUCUGGUGACGGAGGAACUAUUUUUCUCCGCGAACUGCUACUAUUAAACAAACCGAAAUUGUCUAUGCUCCAGCCACACUGUGGUGAAGGUACUUGAAUUAAGUGCCCACUCCAUCGUCUGGGUAGUUCCAUUGUUCUACAUUUCAUUAUGUUUCUCAAGAUAGUGCUGUUAUAUAUACGCCAGUUUUUCUUAUCCCGUGAAGCAAAUUCCGUACAUCGAAUCUUGAGGAGAUUUCUUUCAGAAUGAGCUUGAUGCCCGUAAAGUGGUUCAAUUUGAAAUGAUUUUGUGAAAGACGAAAGCGAAUUUUGAUGUCAGGAUCAUGAACUGAGAGAAUCUGGGUUCUUGCACUGUACGAGGCAUUUUAUAGAGGAAACCCAAUCACCUAAUUUGUUUGUUUGUUUGUGAUGGCAUUUGUAUAUGAAUUGUUUGUGAUUGGAGAUAUCUAGGACUUGAAGCGACAAUAUUUCUGUCCUCUCUACCUCAACAUUCUGAUGCUUUACAAGCUUAUGAAUGCGUCUUACAUUUCCUUUCUAGUCGACUUAGAACAUUUUCUUUCAGAGAUUCCUUUUAGGUAUUUGUCGCUUUAAUCUUAAGUCACUGCUUGUCAAAAACACUUGUGUACAGCCUUUGACUGCUGUUGUUGUAGGGUUAUUGUGUAGUUUGAAUUUGUGUUGCAAUAUUAAACACAUUUCAUUAUGCGGUCCGAUGUCUAAACUUGCCAAUUAUUACUGAAUUCUACCGUUAAAUUUCCGAAACUCGAGUGCUUGGUGUUACAAAAAUAGAAUAUUAGAUUUUUCAGAAAUUUACAAUUUAUAUGUCUGAAAUUUUAUAUUUACGACUGCUAGAAAAAAGAAGCCAAUUCAUCUUCCUUAAACUUGGAUUUCAUACUGAAUAUCAGUAUUAUAAAAUUCGUAUUUACUUCGUCUUGAAUAGCAAUUUCUCUUUAGGGGUAAAUUUUAAUUAUGAAAUUUUCAAUUUUUUUAAAAAUGUUAACGCAUGCUUAUUUCGAUUACGAUUCGUCAUAAUACAUACAUUCUUGGUGUUUUAAAUGUUGAUCAUUGAGUUAUAUGAUAUAAAAUGCUAUUAAUAAUUACAAUUUUGAAGCCAUCAAGAUGAAUUCAAAUGAAAACAAUUCUAUUUUUGAGGACGAGCUAGUGUAGAAGUGUUCAACGAUCUAUUAAAUACCACCGACAUUAAAUUCUGCUGUAGAUAAUUCUUAUGGAAAUUAUAGGCAGUGUGUUACGUGCCUAUAAUGUCGAUACUGGUUGUUUUCCUUUCAACCUGAGUCUCUUCGAGGUCUGUCGGGUUCCGAUCGCUUUUAUGACAAAUGGGGGAACACAAUCCUUGCCUGAGUAGUUCUGGCAGGUACGCUUAAAGCCUUGCUGUGUGUUGACCUCAACAAACAUGCCAUUCGUUUAAGAAUUACGCCGUCUGCAUGACGUUAAACAAAUAGGUGAAGACGGACAGUUGCUGAUAGUGGUUUAUCAGCUUUAAUCUACUAUCAUGAAAUGUGACACUGCAGGUGAAGAGUUCAGUGUUGAUACAGCGAUCUGAUGUUCAUAAAAUUCCCUACGACAGUUGUUUUUUCAAAGGGUUUUGUUGCGUGGUAAAUUUAAAAUGGGUUUUUGCUAUUUCCAAUUAAAACCUAUCACGUCAAGUAUCCAGUAACUGUCUAUAACUAUAGCAGAGCCAUCUUGAGUGUCAUGAUGAAAGUUCCUUGUGAUCCACAAUCUCACUGAAUCUAGACUAUUCUAUUGCUUUUUUUUUACGAAAUUAACACUAAUUUUUCGUCUUUAUGAAAGUAUUCGACCUACUUCCUUAAUUAAGAAGUGAUACUCAUGUUCCUUAAUGAGUUAAAACUUCCUUCAGUUGCACUUCUGACUGUCUCGAAAUAAACAAUACAAAGACAGACAUGUACUAAACUAAAUCUCUCCAACCGUGUGUGUACAGUCAUGUGGUUUCUCAUAAUAUAAUUAUUCAUUUUUA